AUGCCGACUCUGUGGUCGCAGGUCAGUAUGGCUACGGCAGAACCCGUACCGUUAACCACCCGUGAAGCUGCCUCCGGGCUCUUGGGAUCUAUUUCUUUGACCUGCUGGAUCUUCGUUCUGGUACCUCAACUUAUCGAGAAUUAUCGCAAUGGCAAUGCGGAGGCCAUCUCUCUUGUCUUUCUCGCCGUUUGGUUCGUUGGUGACGUAACCAACCUAAUCGGAGGCCUUUGGGCCGGGCUGGUUCCCGUAAUUGUGGCUAUCGCAGUUUAUUUCUGUAUUGCGGAUGGUGUGCUUAUUGGGCAAUGCCUCUACUACAAGGUGCGGAAUUCGCGUCUUCAGGCCUUCCAUCGUCGACGUUCUUCCGUCGAAACACCUGAUCCGACCACCCCGUUGCUGGGCCGGCGCUUUAGCGAUAGCCUUCAAGAAGGCCCGGCUUCGCGCCGUCGGUCAUGGGCGUCACAACACCGUGAUGGCCAUGCUACUGGACCCGACGAUACACUAGCGAAAAUUGUCGAGGAGAACGAGGCCGGUCGUAGUGCAUGGGUGAAGAACUUCAGCAGCGUUCUGGCUAUCUGCGUGAUCGGAAUGGGUGGAUGGACGAUCGCAUGGCAAUCUGGUGUUUGGCAGCCGGCACCUCAGGAUGAUGCCGGGGGUACCGAGAUAGCCGUUGGAGCCCAGGUGGUUGGGUAUUUCAGCGCAAUCUGCUACCUGGGUGCACGUCUUCCGCAGAUCUAUAAAAACUGGAAGGACAAAUCUUGCGAAGGACUCUCGCUUUUAUUCUUUAUUCUCUCCCUGUUGGGGAAUUUGACUUAUGGCGCUGGUAUCCUUUGUCACUCAACGGAGAAGAACUACAUUGUUACAAAUAUACCUUGGCUGCUCGGAUCGCUUGGCACGAUGGUCGAGGAUAUCACGAUUUUUAUACAAUUUCGUCUCUAUGCGGUUGCGGACUCUACAGCCGCAGGGCCAUGA